CUGUAAUGGCGUUUGGGAUCAUAUUAUAGUAGCUGCGGUAAAAUGCUAAUAUAAUCCACAAUAACUAAACAGAUGACAUUCCCAGGUCACAAUCCUCACCUGUUUCGGUGGAGGAGGCUCGGCAAGAGUAAAACAUCUGCAGACAAGAUGCCUGUGAAGAAUGGUGAUAUCGAUCAGUGGAGAAAGCGCGUGGAGGCAGCAUCUGAGUUUGCUGUAUCUGAAGUCUUCUCCCAAAAGAAACCUCAUUUAAGGACUAACAGCGUGGCUGUACCUUUGCAAAGCUCUGACCAGUUAAGAGACCACGAUGACGCUUACAGUGAAGCACAAGCUCUCCUUGGUGAUUGGCUGAGCAGUAAGCUGCGGCUGGAGCUGGACAUGGAGGAAGAUGAUGACCUGAUGUGCUACAGUGAGAGGAGGAGUCCUGCUGCACCGGGUAGCGCUCAACCUGCAGCCCUUGACUACACCAACUUUGAUGAUCUGUACAACUGCCUGGCCGGGGAGGAAGAGCACAGCACAGUCAGCAGCUUCCUACAAGGCCUGAUGGAGCAAGAGGUCCUGGACUCUGGUGUGAUGGAGGAGCUGGCACUGGAUGUUGGACAAACAAGGAGGAAGUUCAAAGAUCCAAUUGUCACCAUGGAAGCACGACACCUGCAGGUGCGAGAGAACAGAGCCCGGCGGGAGGCCGAGAGGCAGAGGCAACAGAGAGAGAGGGAGGCUCAGCGGGGCGCCAGAGCGGAGGCAAAGAGGAGGGAGCGAGAGGAGGAGGCCAAGAGGAGGGAGCAGGCACGCAGACAGGACGAGAUGAUGCAGAAGGAGAUGGUGAGACUGCGACGUCAGAUGGAGGAGAGAAGAGGCCUGGAACAGCUAGUUCGACAGAGGGAAAGGGAGAGAGUGGAAGGGCAAAGGGCAACCAGAAGCCUCCAGUCAGCUCCUCCACUUCCCACAAAACCUCAGCUGCAGGACACAGAGCGACUUUAUAAGGAGCAGAAAAUUCAAACCAUGGUUCACAUGGGUCAUCUAAAGUGUCUGCAGAGGCAUUUCUUUGGAUGGUAUUCAGUGGUGUUAGACCGAAGGCUACGGUUAGGUAAGGCCAUGGCCCUCUGUGAUUGGAAGCGGCAGCUGAGGUCCUGGCGAGCGUGGCGGGCAGUGGUGUGGGAGGAACGUCACCAGCGAGAGGUUGCGAGAACAGAGGAGGAUCUACGAGCUGAAACCAGACAACGCCAGCUGGCUAUGGAGAGUGACCGUAGGCGGCUGCUACGGCGGUGUCUGAAUGAGUGGCAGCUAUGGUGUCAGAUGGAGAGGGAACAACGAGAGCUUUUGGCCCAGCAGCAGGAGACUCGGCGCAAGAUGGCUGCCUUAAUCGACGCUGCAUUAACAGGCAAACUCAAGGCCGCAGAAAAUCCAACUUAUCAGCUAAUCAUGUGCCCACUUGAGCCGUCUAACCAACCAGAAACUCUGAAAAAGGAAGAUCACCAAAGGUCAAGCACUGGAGCCCCCGACGCCUCUUCAGUACAUCAGACCCCUAUGGGUGCUGUGGCCCAGCCCACUCAGCCGUGGCAGGUGACUCGACGCCAUGCAGCACCGACUGCCGGUGAGCUCCAGAGGGCACAGCAGAGAAGUGAGGGCAGCGGUUUUAUGUGUUCAAAAAGAGCAGUGUCUCCGGGCAGCAGGUUUGAGAACAGGCACACCGUCCAGCAGCAGAUCAUCACUCAGCAGAGGAAGCUGCUGAAAGAGCAGCAGGAGCAGAUUGCUCGGCUGAAGGAGGAGCAGAAUAUGGCGGGACUGGAGCUGGAAAUGGAGAGAACCGCACAGCUCACCCAGUUAUCAGUGCGAGGAGGCUCCAGACCAAAGAGGUACAACACUGACCCUCAAGAGCAGAGGGUGACGAGCAUUACUGUAGAACCUGACAAUCUCCGUGCACCUCGGAGCAAAACUGUCACACGUCAAACGUCCGCCCAUCCCAUCAUCACAGCCAUGGAGGAGCGUGCACGUCAACGCGCAGGGCGGAGGAAGGAGAUUGAGGAACUCAAGAGAAAGAAGGAAGAGGAAAAACUAGCUAAGAUGAAAGCCGCAGAGGAGCAGAGGCAAAGGGAGGAAGAGGAGGAGAAACGCAAAGCAGCAGAAAAGAAGAGGGAGGAGAAAAGGCAGGAAAAAGAGAGGGAAGAGGAGAAACAGAGACAGCUGAAGAGGCAGCAGGAGCUCCUGAAGCUGGCCCGACAACACUACCACAGAAACUUGCUGUUACGGCGAGGCCUGACGCCAUGGAAACGCCUCAUUCUGCUCAAACAAGCCAACCUGCAGCUGGCCGAGAGUCAUCACAAUCUCUCCCUCCUGAGGCGGUGUACACUAGGCUGGCAGCAAUCAGCAAGAGAGUCCCUGUCUGAGAAAGAGGCUUCUGCUGACCAACUGCACCAGCACUUUUUACUUCGCAGGAGCUUAAGCGGUUGGAAAAGACUAAAGGACUGGCGGAUGAUUCAAGACGAGAGAGCCCAGCGUUUCUAUCGCGCUCGAACACUGAGGAGGUUUCUGCUGGCGCUGCUGGACCAUGUGAGCCAGGAGAGGCUGGUUGACUGGGACCGUCAGGAGCUGGCUCAGGAGCACUAUAACAGACGGGUGCUGCGGCGAUGUUUGCUGUCCUGGAGGCAGCUUCCCUGUCUGCUGCGGAACGAGAGAGUGAGGGAGGAGCGGCGGGAGAGGCUGGGACGAAGAGUGACUGAGGUUCUGCCUGAUUUCUGCUCCCAUCCACUGUAAAGC